CAUCGCACUGCACCGUGCGUGCGAUAGUCAACGACAAUUGUCACUAUUGCUAUCCUCGCACUGUGACGGUUGGCGAAAGUCGUGAGAAAGAGAAAAAAAGGUGCAGCGCUAGUCGAAGAAAGAAAUAAAAAAGGAAGGAAGGAUAGAGUGCGGCGAAGGGGUGAAAACGGUGCGCUUCCAUAGGUGCCAACACUCUUUCACGUACGCGCGCGUGUUGUGUGAUACAGUAGGACUUGCGAAGCAGACUAGAAAGACCAGCCGGAGCAUUUUUGUUAUGUAUCGAUUUACUACGUAAAUACUCUCGCCUUCGAGACGAAUGGAACACACGGAAUGAGAGUCUGCGACACCGAUUGCGAGACAGUAGGAAGACAUGGAUGCCAGGGUGAUAGAAGUUCUGCAACAGGCGGUCAGCCAAGACCCCAAUAUCUUGAAAUCAGCAGAGCAAACUCUGAAACAAUGGGAGACUCAACAAGGGUUUUACAUAGCAUUAUAUAAUGUCCUAUCAAAUCAUUCCUUGGCUAUCGAAGUUAGAUGGAUGGCUAUAGUGUAUCUAAAAAUUGGAGUUGAAAAAUAUUGGAGGGUAAAUGCUCCAAAUGCAAUUCAGGCCGAUGAGAAAGAAUUUUUACGACAGCACCUGUUGACGAAUCUGGAGGAACCUGUGAAUCCAUUAGCUGUACAAUUAGCAAUUCUGAUUGCAAAGAUAGGAAGGUUUGACUAUCCUAGGGAAUGGAGUACAUUAGUACCGACAUUGUUAGAAGUUAUAAGACAGGAAAGCCCUUUGGCACAGCGUCAGGCGUUGUUAACAUUGCUUCACGUUAUUAAAGGUUUAGCAUCUAAACGUCUGGGAGAUGCUCAGAAAGUUUUCCGUGAGGUGGCUGCGAGCAUGUUCAGCUUCAUCCUGACCCUGUGGAACACCUUUACUGAGUCUUUCCUGAUACUCGCGUCUAACGGUGCCGACGUCAGACAGAUACAGGAAGCUUUGGAGAAAGCUUUGCUACUGUUGAGAAUACUCAGGCAACUGAUCGUACACGGUUUUACCAAGCCUUCCGAAUCUCAGGAUGCCAUGUUAUUUUUAAAAGUUGUUUUCGAGCGUGCGAGGGCCACUCUCGAGUGCCGAAAAACGUUAGCAUCGAGAGGCAUACAGAUGGACAUGUGUGAGAAGUUUAUAAUACAUUUGACCAAAGUUUUAUUGGGAGUACUAGAAACGCACCCGUUUUGCUACGUGGAACUUAUACCGACUUCCUUAGAAUUCUCCGUUUUUUACUGCUUCACGGAGACUGGCCAGGCAUUAGCAUUUGAAAGAUUUGUUAUCCAAUGUCUAAAUCUAGUGAAGAAUAUUUUAACGUCGACGUACUAUAGACCAGCUAAAAUUAUUGAAGAGACGAAGGACCCGAUAGCGUUAAGAGCGUACCAAUUAAAGCAAGAAUUUUUCACACCGGACACGUUGACGGAGAUUUGCUCCAGACUUGUCACGCAUUAUUUCCUCUUAACACCCACGGAUCUGGAAUUGUGGGACAGCGAGCCGGAGAAUUUUGCUAUCGAUGAUGGUGGCGGGGAAUCAUGGAAAUAUAGCUUGAGCCCAUGCACAGAGUCUGUCUUUAUGGUGAUAUUCCAUAACUUUAGAGACGUUCUCUCAUCGGUACUGGUUGAUCUGAUGCGACAGCAUCAUCAACCUGUCGAUCCUAAUAAUUUACAUGCGAUCUUAGUGAAAGACGCGGUUUAUCGUGCAGUUGGUCUGGCAGCGUUCGACCUGUAUGAUGAGGUGAACUUCGAUCAGUGGUUUUCGACAACUCUGAAGGAGGAAUUAAAGAUCCGCAAUAAUAACUACAGAAUUAUCAGGAGACGUGUAUGCUGGUUGAUUGGCCAAUGGACGAGUAUCAAAUUGAGCGCGCAAUACAGACCAGAUGUGUACAUGCUCAUGGUAGAGGCGCUGAAUCCCACGGAAGAUUUGGGCGUUCGGUUAGCCGCAAGCGAUGCCUUAAAAAAAGUGAUUGAUGACUUCCAAUUCAAUUCGGAGGAGUUUGCCAUUUUCCUGGAACCGGCAUGUUCGCUGCUCUUUGCUCUUCUUAAAGAAGUAAAUGAGUGCGACACGAAGAUGCACGUAUUAUUUGUACUGUCGUUUAUUAUUGAGCGCGUUGGUAGCAAAAUCAAGCCUUAUAUCGCUGCACUCAGCACAUAUCUGCCAGUACUUUGGCAACAGUCGGAGGUAUUCAAUAUGCUGAGGUGCGCCAUAGUAUCGACUCUGAUACACUUGGAAAAGGCUCUAGGAUCUGACAGCGUGACUCUGGAGCCGCUAGUAGUUAACGUCGUGGCUCUUAGUUGCGACGUUAAUCAAGAGGGUCAUGUCUAUUUAUUAGACGAUGGUCUGGAGUUGUGGUUGGCUUUGUUGGAAAACUCACCAGCACCAACACCGGGUAUAUCGGGUCUUUUCAGAAAUAUGCCGCCGUUAUUGGAUCAAUCGGCGGAUAAUCUGCGUUUGUGUUUGUACAUAAUUCAAGCGUACGUGCUGCUAAGUCCACAAGACUUUUUCACUCAGUGGGGUUCGGUGGUCGUCGAGAUAUUGAAAGAUAUCCUGAGUGACUUACGGUCGGACGGUUUAGUAAUGGCGAUGAAGGUUUUCGAAACCUGCCUCAGGGCGUCACCUCAACAAGGCACGGAAUUGAUCAAGCCCGUUUUACCGAAGAUAUUCGAGAACGUUUACGCCGGUGACGAGUAUCCGAUGGUCAUGACUAUGUAUUUGUCUAUUGUCGCAAGAGUUUUACUAGUUUCUCGAGAUAUUUUUGUACAGGUAAUCAGUGAUCUAGCGCGUAGUAAAGGAAACGAUACGACUGAGGAAGAUGUGUUCGGCAAGAUUUUGCAUGUGUGGCUGUGCGGCAUGGCGUUGGUGUCACAACAUGAAAGGACUAAGUUAUUAGCCCUCGCACUUUGCUCUCUUUUAGGAGCGAAUUCUUCUUCUAAGAUCAUUGAGCAAUUUCCACAUAUAAUGGCGAUGGUUGUCGAAGCGCUCCAUGAUAUCACCAAGAUUGACGACUUGGGCUACGCUUUCGAUGCCUUGUUGAUCGGCGAUCAACCUAGUCCGUCACAAUACGAGGAAGUGGAUUAUGAAACCGAGCACACUCAGCGACAGAAGAAACUUGCCUUCACCGAUCCUGUACACAAUGUAUCCUUGAAAGACACGGUCCAGCAUCAGUUAAUCGCGAUGCGAAGAAUGAUUGGCGAUGAUCGUUUCGAUGCACUGAUGCUUUCGCUUAGUCCCGACAUCGAGGAACAACUCAAGGACUUCAUAUCGCUGUGAGGAAGAAACAAGAUCAAAACGCAAAAUAGGAAACGUCGGACAAAUGCUACAUAAACGUAUGAAAGAAGCUUUACAGCGCUCUAUUGUAAAACGGCACUAUUUUACUGUAUGAUACUACCACCUGUUUCACUGUAUUAAUAAUGUUGAUAAUAAAAGGUACUGCAACGCCAUUCGACAAUUCCUUUCUCAUA